AUGAGGUCCUCCAGCGAAAACGGCGUCAGAGACGCCACCGAGCAGACACCGCUGCUGUCGUCAAUUAACAACACUGUCAACACCGAACAGCAUCAUGACGAUGGUAGCAAACCCGAUGAGAAACCGCUCCCCAUCUGGCAGAUCGCUGCGCUCUGCUACGCCCGCUGGGUCGAGCCAGUGGCCUUCUUCUCCAUCUUCCCCUACAUCAACCAAAUGGCACAGGAGAACGGCCAGCUGGCCGACACCGACGUGGGCUUCUACAGCGGCCUGAUAGAGUCGCUCUUCUCACUCACCCAAAUGCUCGUCAUGGUCCUGUACGGCCGCGCGGCUGACCGUGUGGGCCGGAAGCCCGUGCUGGUAUUCUCCCUGACGGGAGUGUCCUUCGCCACGAUGCUCUUCGGCCUGGCCCGCACCAUCCCCCAGAUGAUCAUCUUCCGCUGUCUGGCCGGUGUCUUCGCCGGUACCAUCGUCACCAUCCGGACGAUGCUCUCUGAGCUGAGCACACCCGCAACCGAGGCCCGUGUCUUCAGCUGGUUCGCCUUCACUGGCAACCUAGGCAUUCUGAUCGGCCCCCUCAUCGGAGGUGCUCUUGUCGACCCAGCUCACCAGUACCCCUCUCUCUUCGGCCACAUUCGCUUCUUCCACGACUACCCCUACGUCCUCCCCAGCCUGGUCAUUGGCACGAUCGGUCUGACCGCUGUGGCCGUCACGUCCCUCUUCGUCCAAGAAACCCUCGUCAAAGCUAAACAACCCUAUCCCCUCAACGGCUCCUCCCUUGGUACCCCCUCAAAACCCCCCUCAACCUGGAACCUCGCCAAAUCCCCCGGCGUGCCCAUCGUCCUCUACACCUACGGCCACAUCAUGCUACUAGCUUACUCCUACACGGCCAUCAUCCCCAUCUUCUGGUUCACCAAAGUGUCCCUCGGCGGGCUAGGCUUCACGCCGCUCCAAAUCUCUCUCAUGCUCGGGCUCAACGGCCUAGCCCAAGCCAUCUGGACCCUGUUAGUCUACCCUCCCUUACACGCGCGCAUCGGUACAAACGGCAUCCUCCGCGCGUGUGCGAUCGCAUACCCCUUCUUUUUUGGCACCUGCCCGUUGAUGAACGCCCUGUUGAGGAGUAACAUCCCGGGGGCAGAGUCCAUCUUCUGGGCGGUUGCGCCGCCACUGUUGUGUCUGGGUGUGGGGGUUAGUAUGUGCUUCACGGCGAUUCAGCUCGCGCUGAAUGAAGUGAGUCCGAGCCCGGUUACGUUAGGGACGCUGAAUGCGCUCGCGCUGGCGAUUAGUAGCGGGGUGAGGAGUUUUUCGCCGGCGUUAUUUGCGAGUUUGUUUGCGGUGGGCGCCAGGACGCAGGCGUUGGGGGGGUAUGCGAUUUGGGUGUUGAUGGUGGUGUUGGCGGGGGGGUUUACGGUGGUUAGUCGGCGGAUGCCAGAUUAUGAGGCUAUAAGGAGGGCGAGGAUAGAACGGGAGUGA